GUUUGGCUCUCAGCCUGCCAAAGAAUUUGGGAGGAACAGAAAAGAAAGUCCUGCUUCGGCUUCCUCCUUACACUGAUUGUCAUCUGAAAACUGGCCUGGCUUGUUAAGGAUAACUUCUGCACUGGAAAUGAAAAUUACUUGUUAGCAAGUGGGGGGAGGGGGAAGGGAGAGAAUUAGAGUCACAUGAUCUUCGUAUUCAUAAACUGCUGUAUGUAUGCAAAUGUUUCUCAACAGACUGUGUUCACUUUGAACAAGCUGUGAACUCUGAACGGCAACAGUGAAUGUUGCAUUUUUAUUAGUUUGGAAAUUAAAUGUAUUUACCCUCUGCUAUUCUAAGCAUGCUAGCUUGGAAGUAAGAUCCAUUUGGAACUGUUUGUUCUCAAUCAGCAUCUUUCUGUACUGGAUCCGCUCUUACUUUGGAAAUCUCACAGGACUGCAAGAGAUUCACAGGUAACAACAUGGCUAGUGACAAGGGGCAAUACCAGGCUAUGGUUAAAGCCGAGAUGAGAGUCUGCAAAGCUCAAGAUGUGAGAGAAGAGACGGAGUUAAUCAUGGGUCCCCAUGCCAACUGGGAAGAAUAUCUGAUGCCAGCACCUCUUUCCAUUGCCGUCUUGGGGCAACUCAUCUUUAUUUCUGCUGGCCAAGGGGACUUCUCCAUCAACAGGAACCCACCUCCCCAAGGGUUUCAGUACAUCAAAUACCCAGAGUCCUUCAGGGCCUGCUUAUGUCAAGUGAGCAACGAAGGCUGGCAUGCCUUCAACGAAGCCCACAUCAGCAUGAACCAGAUUCGACUGCUCACUUUAAAAAUCCCAGAAAAAAUAAAAUUUGUUGUUCAAACUCUUCUCCAGGAGCUGGAGGUAGUCAAAAUCAUGCUUCCGGGACAAUUAGAGAGCAUGAAAUCCAUAGCUGAGAAGUGCAAAGCUCUUGCUUUUACUGUGAAGGAAAAAUACGCCAACGUUAUCGCCUUGAUCCAAGAACUCUUAGAGGCUUGUACCAAUGCCGAACAAGGUUACAAAAAAGACCUGGAAGAGAUAAGCAUUGUGUUGAAGCAGGCAAAAAUUAAAGAGAAUGAUACGAGAAAGACUGUGGAAUUGGCAGAGCAAUACCACAGUCAAGUGAAACAGCAAAUCAUGGAUUCGUUCAAAGAGUACAAGAAAGCCAUUAAAAAAAUCCCGGCAGGAUGGGAAGCCGUAGGCAUGAGUAUUGUGGAGAACAUGGGGAAUGCACUUGGCAGUUUAGAAAUUGGUAUUACCAGCCUUUUCUCUGUUAAAUUUGGGGAAAAAAUGAAAAUCAGUGUCUCAAGUGGACCUGAGACACCUAACUAUGAGUACUCGUUAGCAGCUCUAAAAAUCAGUGUGCAUUCAGAAACAAUUCUGACCUACGCAGUGGGGCUCAGGGAACUGGGUGACAAGCAGGCAGGCCUUAAUAUGGACAAAGUUUACAACCCGAAAACAAUGGAGGUCAAAACCAACUGGGUGAAAAAUGCUUUCCUAGAUUUGAAGAGGAAGAUGAAAGGGGAGAAAAAAUGCCCACCCAGAAAGAAAGCUGUAAAGAUUUGUAAACUGGGGAUACGUAUUUGUGAGCAGCUGGAGCAAAUGGCUACAUCCUCCAAGAAAGGAGUGGAAGAAGAGAGAGCUCUCAUCGGUGAAUUAGAAGAACUUUACCAACGAGCCUCUGAAUUUGACUCCUAUAGUAAAGGCAUCCUUGGAGCUCCUGCCUUUGCUCCAAAGCCGCCCCAUGUGGCUAAAUACCAAGAACAGUCAACAGAAGAAUCCAUUGGAGUCAGGAAUGCACAUCUGAAAGUUGAGCAGAGCCGGGAAAUGCUCAAGGCCGCCCAAGAGGAAUAUCAGAAGAGCUUCAACAAUCUCAAGAGGGAAAGGCAAGAGCUGGCAAAUAUUUUGGGCUCAAUGGAGGAGUGCAACGUGAAAGAAAUCAAUUUUCAAGAGGCCCUUAAGAUGCUGUCUGAAGGGCUGAAAGCGAUGGGGAAGGUGAAGACCCAAUGGGAGAAGAUGGUUAUGUUCUUCCAAACUAUCUCUGAUGUCAUUGAUGCCCGCCUAAGCCAAGACAUUGAUGACCUUAUAACAUCUGCUUCAGGUUCUGCUGAACUGAGGAUUAAGGGGUAUUCAUUCACUGCCCUUGAGAUGGAUAUGCUAUACAGCCAGGUAUUCAGUGCUUCCAAUGUGGCCCAUCUGGUGCACACCAUUGCCACAACGUACACUGAAGUGUCUGAGAAACACUUGAUGAAUCGUAUCAGCAGCCUGGGAAGGCUUAUCACAUUGAAACCUUCAGACCCAGAUUUUGAUUUUGAGCGCCAGGCUUUGAUGAGAGGUUGCAAGGAAGCCAGUGAGGCCAUCUGCAACAUGGUGAAAGAGAACAAGGAAGCAUUUGAUAGUAAAGUAGAUGCUAGAAUGAGGAAUAUCGACAAAGAGCUAAAGGCUCUGCUUCCCCCUAUAAGUAGGGAAGUCGAGGAGAUGGUUGGAAAUGCAGUGCGCCAUGGGAUAAAAGAGAUGACCACAUGGGAGGAAGACCAGUUUGCUUAGACUGACUCAUCUAACAUAACACAGUAGCCCUGUUCAGUUGUUACGAUCUUGGUGCUCCAGCCUCACACAGCAGGGGCUCAACUCACCAUCCUCCUGAUGUGUGUGAUUGCCAUUGUGUGUGAAUCGUGUAAUGCAUGUAUUUUUCAGCUUUGUUUUGUAUGAUUGGAAGCCAGUUUUUUAAAGGUCUGUGUCUGUGCAUAACAAAAGUGGAAAAUACACACAUGGCAUUCUCACAAAAUGUCAGUGGGGCAUAUCAAGAAGACUGCGGAAAAAGCUGAAAUCACAAUGACUAAACAGGCUAGUAUACACAGUCAAUAUCCAACAGAAUAUGAUGCCUUUCCUGUUUUUAUUUCCUUGCUUGAUAUUAUCUUUUGAAUGACAGGAAUAUAUCUGACUAAAAAUAAAUUUCUCUAGCCUUGCUGUAGAAAAUGGAGGCCAUGCUCCAAAGAAAUAAUUUGUGAGUAAAUAAAGGCAUUCCAUGAAUGACUGCCAUGUCCUUCAUAGCUUUCUGUGAGGAAGUUCUCCUUGAGAAGGAAGCUUUUAGUAGUUUUAAAACAACAGCUUGUCUCUUCAGGAGUAACAGCUGCUUCAGAGAAAACCUCAAAAGGGUUUCAACUGCGUAUCCACUAUAAUUUCCUUGGGUUGUUUCAUAACGUUGUGUUCCUUUUCAAGCCCUUUCUACUAGAAAGAAAGGCUGAGCGCACAGCUGAGUGCAUGUAGGAUACAAUCCAAUUUGCACACAAGGAAUUGUACCCUGCUGUGUGUAGUGCUGCAGACGCAGCCAGAAUUAUCAGGAAACACUUGGUGGUCUUCACUAAAAAGAUUAUGGACGAUUCAGGCUUUUAGAGGCCUGAAUCAAGUCUGGCCUGGUCAGUUAAACACUGGGAUAGGCCAGACAGAGAAAUUAAGAAACCCAGAAUGCCACAGCUUUUCAGAGGGACAAAGAGCAAAAGAGCUACAUAGAAAUACCAUAACUUAUAUCAAUAGAUACAAUUUGUGUGGGAGUCCGAGAGCAAGAAACAUCUGAGAAUGGCAGGGAUGUCCGAUAAUGAUAGAAUAGUUCAACAAUAGAGAUUACUGGUAGAGGGCCAACAGAUAAUCAUAUAUAUGAGACACUUAUAAUCAUUCUUUUUUAUAUUCUUUAUUAGGAUAAAAAGUAGAGAUAAUGUACUAACACAGAAUUUAUAUAUUUUAAGAAGAAAUUUGCUAAUUUUGUAUUGUGUUUGAAAUGAUAAGAAAAGUAGCUAGCCUAAAGUUGCCAACUGUCCAAGAGAAAAACGUCCUGUUCGUUUAGCAGAGGCUUAAUGUGUGGCAAUAGGAAGGUAACAUUAGCUGGUAAAUAACAUCCCAUUAAGCUUCUGUUAAAGGGGCAGGACAUUUUUUCUCAGAUUGUUGGCAACCCUCGGUAUAGCCAAGAAUGUGCUUCCUUAUUAAGUGAGACGGCUAUUUUUGGAAGAUGAUUUUGUCCUAUAAAUAUGGGAGUCUGAACUGAUUAUCAGCUCUUCUUUAAAG